GAUGGGGACGGCAUUACUAAAGCGGAGGCCACGGAUGCUCGCUUUUAAAUAAUCCUUCUUCUAUCUUUUCUCUUCGUUGAUCGUUUUGUUCAUUCCAGAUUCUCCAGGUCGUCUUCGAUUCUCUCGGUCCUCCUCCUCCAAUGGAUCCUUACAGGCACCGACCUUCAAGUGGUUACAACACCCCCUUCUGGACUACGAAUUCUGGUGCUCCAGUGUGGAACAACAACUCCUCGUUGACUGUUGGACCCAGGGGUCCGAUUCUCCUAGAGGAUUAUCAUCUAGUGGAGAAACUUGCUAACUUUGAUAGAGAGCGGAUUCCAGAGCGUGUUGUCCAUGCUAGAGGAGCUAGUGCCAAAGGGUUCUUUGAGGUGACUCAUGAUAUUGCCAAUCUUACUUGUGCCGAUUUCCUCCGAGCCCCUGGAGUUCAGACUCCAGUUAUUGUACGUUUCUCCACUGUUAUCCAUGAGCGUGGCAGCCCUGAAACGCUGAGAGAUCCCCGAGGUUUUGCUGUGAAGUUUUACACCAGGGAGGGAAAUUUUGAUCUUGUGGGCAACAACUUCCCUGUAUUUUUCAUCCGUGAUGGUAUGAAAUUUCCAGACAUGGUACAUGCUCUUAAACCGAAUCCCAAGUCCCACAUUCAGGAGAAUUGGAGGAUCCUUGACUUCUUUUCUCACCAUCCUGAAAGUCUGAACAUGUUUACAUUUCUAUUUGAUGAUAUUGGCAUCCCACAAGAUUACAGGCACAUGGACGGUUCAGGUGUUAACACCUAUACUCUAAUUAACAAGGCAGGGAAAGCACACUAUGUGAAAUUUCACUGGAGGCCUACCUGUGGAGUCAAGUCCUUGCUGGAGGAGGAUGCUAUUCGUGUUGGAGGAAGUAAUCAUAGCCAUGCUACUCAGGACCUCUAUGAUUCAAUUGCAGCUGGCAACUACCCUGAGUGGAAGCUUUUCAUUCAGACCAUUGACCCUGAUCAUGAAGAUAGAUAUGACUUUGACCCUCUAGAUGUAACCAAGACCUGGCCAGAGGAUAUCUUGCCCUUGCAGCCAGUUGGUCGCAUGGUUUUGAAUAAGAACAUCGACAACUUCUUUGCAGAGAAUGAACAGCUGGCCUUUUGUCCUGCCAUUAUAGUUCCUGGAGUCUACUAUUCAGAUGACAAAUUGCUUCAGACCAGGAUCUUCUCCUAUGCUGAUACUCAGAGGCACCGUCUUGGACCAAACUAUCUGCAACUCCCUGCUAAUGCACCUAAGUGUGGUCACCACAACAAUCACCACGAGGGUUUCAUGAACUUUAUGCACCGAGAUGAGGAGGUUAAUUACUUCCCUUCAAGGUUUGAUCCUGCUCGCCAUGCUGAGAGGUAUCCUCACCCACCUGCUGUCUGCACUGGAAAGCGUGAGAGGUGUGUAAUCAACAAGGAGAACAACUUUAAGGAGCCUGGAGAGAGAUACAGAUCUUGGACAUCAGACAGGCAAGAACGAUUCAUCCGCAGAUGGGUAGAUGCUUUGUCCGACACCCGUGUCACCCAUGAGAUCCGCAGCAUCUGGGUUUCUUACUGGUCUCAGGCGGACAGGUCUCUUGGUCAGAAGCUUGCAUCUCAUCUCAACGUGAGGCCAAGCAUUUGAGGAGUGUUCACGUGUCGUUCUUGUUUCUGGUGACAGAGUUGGUAAAUUAUACGGAAAAGGGGGAAGCCAUUUGAGAUGAUCAAUCAGAUGUUCAUCCAUGCCGUUUUAUUCCAUGUUUUGAUAUUUGCAUCUCUUAUGUGACUGUUCAACUUAAAUGUGUCAAUCUAAUAAAGCUAUUGUUUGUGCGUUUCACUCACA